AUGGCGAGUCAAGAGGAGUCUGUGAGGGAGUUCGUCACUGUAACUGAUGUGGACGAGGAGAGGGCCCGUUUUUUCCUGGAGUCCGCCGGCUGGAACCUGCAGCUUGCACUCGCCAGUUUCUUUGAGGAUGGAGCUGACGACGACAUAGUGACACUUCCUCAACCUGAGGGAGGCUCCUCUGUGUCCCGAUCAGCAGGACCCAGUCAGCCCAGAGUGACCUCCUUUAGAGAUUUGAUGCAUGAGGCAGAAGAAGACAGCGAUGAGGAGGAAGGCCAAAGGUUUUUCGCGGGGGGGUCGGAGCGCAGCGGGCAGCAGAUCGUCGGCCCUCCUAAGAAGAAAAGCUCCAACGAGGUGGUGGAGGAUCUCUUCAAAGGGGCCAAAGAGCACGGAGCCGUGCCUUUGGAGCGGAGCGGGAAAGGACCCGGAGAGCCCAGCAGAGCCCGGGCCUUUGUUGGAGGCGGGUACAGGUUAGGGGCGGCUCCAGAGGAGGAGUCGGCCUACGUGGCCGGAGAGAGGCAUGGCGGCGGCAGCCAGCAGGACGUCCACGUGGUGCUAAAGCUGUGGAAGACGGGCUUCAGUCUGGACAACGGCGAGCUCAGAAACUACAGCGACCCGGGAAACGCCAACUUCCUGGAGGCCAUCAGAAGAGGGGAGAUCCCUCUGGAGCUGAGGCAGCGGUCCCGGGGGGGCCAGGUCAACCUGGACAUGGAGGACCACCGGGACGAGGACUUCAGCAAACCCAAGCUGGCCUUCAAGGCCUUUGGAGGAGAAGGACAGAAACUAGGAAGGUUAGGGGCGGCUCCAGAGGAGGAGUCGGCCUACGUGGCCGGAGAGAGGCAUGGCGGCGGCAGCCAGCAGGACGUCCACGUGGUGCUAAAGCUGUGGAAGACGGGCUUCAGUCUGGACAACGGCGAGCUCAGAAACUACAGCGAUCCGGGAAACGCCAACUUCCUGGAGGCCAUCAGGAGAGGGGAGAUCCCUCUGGAGCUGAGGCAGCGGUCCCGGGGGGGCCAGGUCAACCUGGACAUGGAGGACCACCGGGACGAGGACUUCAGCAAACCCAAGCUGGCCUUCAAGGCGUUUGGAGGAGAAGGACAGAAACUAGGAAGUGCCACUCCGGAGCUGACCGCGGCCCCGGCCCCCUCCCAGCAGGACCAGGCCACCAACGAGGCCCAGGCCAGCGCCUCCGUGGGCCUGGACCCCGCCCAGCCCACCACCAACAUCCAGAUCCGGCUGGCCGACGGAGGCCGGCUGGUGCAGAAGUUCAACCACACCCACAGUGCCACUCCGGAGCUGACCGCGGCCCCGGCCCCCUCCCAGCAGGACCAGGCCACCAACGAGGCCCAGGCCAGUGCCUCCGUGGGCCUGGACCCCGCCCAGCCCACCACCAACAUCCAGAUCCGGCUGGCCGACGGAGGCCGGCUGGUGCAGAAGUUCAACCACACCCACAGGCACAGACAGCAGCAGCUGCUGGAGUAA